CGAAAGUGAAAGCUGCUCAUGUCCUAUAAAAGGGAGUGUCCAGAGCCACAAACUCAAUGGAAAGGACUGAAGGGGAAACAUUUAGAAUAAUUUUUUUUAUUGGAGUCACUCUGUCCAGAGCCACAUAAGCAAAGCUGGUGAAUAAACAGCAAAACUCCAUAGGUUCAUUUUUUUCACAUAACAGCAAUGGAAAAACGUCUCUUUUGGUCUCAUCCAUUUAUGAGGAUGUUUCAUCCACUCUUAGAGCAGCCAUGGAGGGAGGUGUCAGAGAAGUACAAGGACAAUCUUGAGUUUGUGAAAUCUUACCAGCCUCAAAACAAACAAGUCAAACAUCUCAGGAUUCUCCUUUAUGGACCAGUUGGUGCUGGAAAGUCGAGCUUCAUCAACUCUGUUGACACCGUUUUAAAAGGCAGACCUGCUGGUCGAGCUGCGACAGAUGCAAUCUCUAAGAGCAGCUUCACUUCAAAUUACAAGACCUUCAACUUUCGCAAAAGUCCAGGGGCCACUUACUCUUUUGUGUUCAAUGACAUCAUGGGCCUUGAGCAAGAUUCUGACAGUGGAAUCAAUGUGAAUGACCUCAAACUGGCCCUGAGAGGACACGUGAGAGAAGGUUACAAGUUUGACCCUGACAAAUUACUGAUGAGGGGUGAUGAUGGCUACAACUCCGAUCCCACUUUGGAAGACAAAGUUCACGUUCUGGUGGGUGUUAUUCCUGCGGACAAAAUGUCUAGGUUAAGUGAUGAGAUGGUGAAGAAGAUUAGAAAGGUCAGAGAGGCCGCCAGUGAACUGAGAAUUCCCCAACUGGCUAUUAUCACCAAAGUUGAUGAAGCCUGUCACAAGGUUAAAAAGGACACAAGCAAUAUCUACAAGAGCAUGUACCUGAAAGAGCAGGUUGAACAAUUCCAGCAGCUGCUGGGCAUUCCACUGGACUGCAUCUUCCUUGUGAAGAACUACAAUGAUGAAAUUGAGUCGAAUGACAAAAUCAACGCUGCCAUAGUGUGUGCACUGAAACAGAUGCUUUUGUAUGGAGAAGACUACCUCAAUAACCUGUAAACAUGAAUACCCAGUAGGCGAUUCGUAGGGGAAUGAGGAAACAUUCAGCCAACGUUUACUGGCUUUUUCAAGCAGGCAAGCUUGAAGCAUGAAAUAUGGAAUAAAAAUGCAUACAAAUUAGUCUGUAUAUAUUUUUUCUCAUUGAGACUUUGCAUUAUAGCAGGACAAUGCUCUGUCAUUAAGUCGUUAGCUUGGUGUGAUGUCAUCACGUGAUCUGGUUAACAACUCAGCUGUUGUGAUGGUGCCUUCACGUGCCACCAGAAAGGAGUCCUUCAAAAGCUCUCGCCUUUAUUGUUGAACUCCCAGUAUUUAAUACAUCACCUGCUCUAACAAAUUAAUUCUACAUUCCCUGCUUGGUCUGGGCUUCAUUUUUUUUUAUCUUAAAAGAACACGUAAAAAUCAGACAAACAAAUGAUUUUGCUUAAGAGACGAACAGACAAAUAUUAUAGAUGUAUAAUAUAAUCAUCUCAAAGCUUAACCUCUCUGGGGAUUCUUUGUAUUCUUUUUCAGUUUGACCAAUAUUGUGAUCUACUGUUAUAUGAUGUUCUUGCAAAUCACGUUGUGUAAUAAUAUUGUUAAUGUUGGCUUUGUACCAUGUUUCAUUGAGUUCCUUGUGGUAGGAAGUAAUGACAUACAGAUAUAAAAAAUAUACUCUGUGCAAGAAAAAAAAAAAAAAAAUCGUUAAUGUUCAGUGGGGUACAUCGUUGAAACUAACGCCGGGUUCACAGCGGACUCUGUAGGUGCAGAGUCCCCUUUUGAGGGUGACUGUUUCAAAGGAACUCCCCACAUGACAAAUUAAUAUUUUCUCUAUAUGAAUCACACAGUAUAAAACACUAUAUGGACCAGUUGGAUGACUCAGUAUAGUCCUCACAAAGUAAUGCUGAUGGAAAAACAGACUCGAUACAGACAACGAUCCCCUGAUCAAAUUACAGUUGUUGCGCAGCGUCUGCUGGUCUUGAUGAGUCAGUGAAGUGUCGAGUACCAACAGAAAUGAUCCAAACCUAAAUCAAAUACUUGUGUUUAAAUAUCAGAACAAAACAAAUACACAAACACAACAGAGCUACUGUGUGCAUAGUGUGUAAUGAGUUGAAUCAUAUACAGCAGUUCAGGAGUUGGUCUUGAAAAGGGACGCCGUCUAAUUUUUAUUUUGAAAUUGUAAUUUCGCUGUGCUGUGCAUUUCUCAUCCUCAGUCACUCAUGUGGACGUGACACCUGCACUGCAGGACGCCCCAGGACAAAUGCUGUGUCCUAACUGCUACCAAACUGUGGUCACCACCAAGGAGCACAAAACAUAGUUUAAAUUGGAUGAUAGCUUAUGGAAAACACAGGGAGACGUAUUAAAAUAUAAUUUGAAAUUGUGUGCACUCACAAUAAGAAAAAGUAAAUGAAAUAAUUCCUCGGGACUCCUGGUUUCUGUUCAACAAUGUUACAUGCAGAAACUACUUGAGGUUUUGCAGUAAUACAAAAUACAUAAUAACAACUUUGUAAUAAUUAUGUCAUUGUUAGACUAAUUCACUUUUUUUUGUGGUUUGGUUAUAUUUCAGUU